CCUAGUCGCCGCCACGGCCGCCUCUCUUCUGUUAUUGCAGCCAGAAGCUGGGAAGCGCGCCGGAUCUGCGAGGGGUGGGGGCGCUGCCGCCUGCAUCGCCCCUUUCCCGGGGUGCCCCAGCAAGGAAGAGCGCCGCAGCCGCUCCCCCUUCUCCGUCCCUUCCCGCUGCAGAGAUUUGAUUUGCCAUGUCCGGGGAUCGGUCAGGAACGGCCGCCAGCAGCCGCGGCAGCAGCAGCAGGAGGAGGAACUUUGCAGGCAGGAACCGAAUGGCUGCGAAGGGAGAAAUCUAAGAGCAAAGUCUCUUCCCAGCCUGCCCAGGGCGAAGGCAGCGAGCGAGCGAGCCCAGGCGGGGAGCCGGCCCCCAUGAGGCCAGGGGCUCGGCUCUGAUGCGUCCCGCGUCCCUGCCCCGGCGGGAGGACUACGAGCGUGUCCUUCCUUCCCCCGGGGCGCCGCCAGCCGCCAAGCGUGUGUGAGCGGGCGCCAAAAGCAGCAGCAGCAGCGGCGGCGGCCCCGGAGGACUCCCCCAGCGGGGCUCUGAACUCCCCCUGACCCGGGACUCCCCGGCCAGCCGAGCGCGCCCUUGGCGCAUUUUAUGCCGUGUUGGGGGAAGCGCAGGGAGCGCGCGCCUCUUCUGCUUCGGAAGGAACUCCCCGGGGCCGAGAUCAUGGCGGGGAAGGGGGCUGCCGCCAGCACCGCGGUCUUGUUCGUGACAGCCAACGUGGGAUCCCUCUUUGAUGAUCCAGAAAAUUUGCAGAAGAAUUGGCUUCGAGAAUUUUAUCAGGUUGUACAUACACACAAGCCACACUUCAUGGCACUACACUGUCAAGAGUUUGGUGGGAAAAACUAUGAAGCCUCCAUGUCACAUGUGGACAAGUUUGUUAAAGAAUUGCUAUCAAGUGAUGCAAUGAAAGAAUACAACAGAGCCCGGGUUUAUCUGGAUGAAAACUACAAGUCACAGGAACAUUUCACGGCACUGGGAAGCUUUUACUUUCUCCAUGAAUCCUUGAAAAACAUUUACCAAUUUGACUUUAAAGCUAAGAAGUACAAAAAAGUUACGGGAAAAGAAAUCUACUCAGAUACAUUAGAAAGUACACCUAUGCUGGAAAAAGAAAAGUUUCCACAGGAUUAUUUCCCUGAGUGUAAGUGGUCCAGAAAAGGCUUCAUAAGAACAAGGUGGUGUAUUGCUGAUUGUGCCUUUGACUUGGUAAACAUUCAUCUUUUCCAUGAUGCUUCCAAUUUAGUUGCUUGGGAAACAAGCCCGUCGGUUUACUCAGGAAUAAGGAAUAAGGCCCUUGGUUAUGUACUUGACAGAAUUAUAGAUCAGCGGUUUGAAAGAGUUUCCUAUUUUGUCUUUGGUGAUUUCAACUUUCGACUGGAUGCAAAGUCAGUGGUAGAGACACUUUGUGCAAGGGCUACCAUGCAGACUGUCCGGUCCGCUGACACUAACGAAAUAGUCAAGCUAAUAUUCCGCGAAUCUGAUAAUGAUCGAAAGGUUAUGUUACAGUUAGAAAAGAAGCUCUUUGACUAUUUUAAUCAAGAUGUUUUUAGAGAUAACAAUGGCACUGCGCUCUUGGAAUUUGACAAAGAGCUGUCAGUCUUUAAGGACAAAUUAUAUGAACUGGACAUUUCAUUUCCUCCCAGCUAUCCAUAUAGUGAAGAUUGUAGCCAGGGAAUGCAGUACAUGAACACGAGAUGUCCAGCUUGGUGUGACAGGAUCUUGAUGUCACAUUCUGCCAAAGAGCUGAUUCUAAAGUCUGAAAACGAUGAGAAGCAAGUGGUAUAUGACCAUAUUGGACCAAACGUCUGCAUGGGGGACCACAAGCCCGUGUUUCUGUCCUUUCGAAUAGCCGCUGGGGCAGGUAAACCUAUUGCCAAUGUGCACAAGUGUUGUGUCGUGCAGUGAUGUGGUGGAAAAAGAUGCCUCCGAAAUGAGAAGGUCUUUCGGGAAAGCUCCUUGUAGCAAAGAAGAGGAGGAGGAGGAGGAGGAGGAGGAGGAGGAGGAAGGCCUGGCAUCGCCUAAAUCGAGACAUUGCUCCUUCCAGUCCUGUGUGCCACCUUAUUAUCAUUUUUACUAGAAUUGUCAUUACUGUUUUGUGAUGUUGAUCAUACACUAUCUUCUGGCGUCUGGACUUUAGUCCCCGGAGAAAAAAAGAACUCUCAUACCUCACCGUGUUGUAUAUUCCUGUGACAUCAAAUGUGGAAUUUUAUUUUUAUAUGGAGAUGCAUAUUCUAUGCCCCAAUCCGCGGCCAAAGAGAAAAAAAAUUCUCUGCUGGCAGCGACGUUCUAUGUUUUAAACUUCACUGUGCUUUUUUUUAAAGUUUGUCAAUGUGAAAUUAUAUGUAAUGUUCAACAUUAAGACAGUUUCCUUCGCCCUUCUCUGGCUUAAUGCCGGAUGGGGAUUUUGUAUAUUGCCUUGUAUAGAAAGUCCUAAUGUAUUGUUGUUAACCAAGAUUUAUGGUUCUUGUAACUGGGGGUGGGGGUUAAGUUUAGCGGGUUGAAGAAUUUUAUUUUUUGUCAUUUUUAUAGACUUUUCGUUUUCUCAUGUUAUUUACUAUACUGCCAUGUUCCAUGGUUUUGAAUCACACACACAGCAGCAGCUGCUUUCUAUACAUACGUGUAUAUAUUUAUAUAUUUCUAUGUGAGUGUGUAUAGAUGAUAUAUAUACACAGAUAUAGAUAUAAUUUAUAAUUAUAAACGGUUUGUCCAUCCUGCUUACAAAAAAUAGCCUUUUCCAGAAUAGCCGGCUGUGUACACUUUGAGUGGUAGUAAAUUCCAUUGACUUCAAUAGGUCUAAACUUCCAGAACAAUCGGGUUAGGAUCUCCCUGUAGAAACACUGUGGUUCAUUCCCUCUCCCCUUUGAAUUAAAAGCCAUGGCAGCCAGAUCCUAACCACGUUUAGGCGGAAAGAUUGCCCCCCCCCAAAAA